AUGGCUGCCGAUUCGGAUGUGGACGCAGACACCCACGAAACGAUUGUCCUUGAAACCACCACACUCCUGGAAUAUGUCCACACGGACAUAGCUGAGGAAGAUGUCGAGUCGGCAAUGAACCUCGACGUUGGUAAUUACACGACUAUGAAAUUCAACUAUAUCAACAGUCAAUAUGAUAAUCUACAAGCAGUUCAUAAAUGCCACGACGAUUUCACCAAGUGUAUGAUUACGCAGGUUGCAGCAACGCCCGUGUGUGCUUACAAUAAAUUUUGGGACAAGGACGAGGGUCUUAUAACAUUAAACAGUUAUUGUGAGGUCUACUUUGACAAUUGUCGACGCAAGUCGAGACAGAGGAACAUGGACGCAUGGGAUUCCCUUGCAUAA